AUGCCUCGUGGUCAGUUAAUACUUAUUGAAGGUCUUGAUAGAUCUGGUAAAUCUACCCAAGCUUCUAUACUAGCAUCAAAGUUUACUUCUUCGCAAUUAAUCAAAUUUCCUGAUCGUUCUACUCCAAUAGGUAAACUCAUCAAUGAAUAUUUAACCAAUAAAUCAUUUUCAUUAAAUGAUCAAUCAGCACAUUUAUUAUUCCUGGCUAAUAGAUGGGAAUUAAACCAACAAAUUCAAGAAUUAUUAAAUAAGGGAUAUUUUGUUAUCUUAGAUCGUUAUAUCUAUUCUGGAAUUGCUUAUACAUUAGCUAAAAAUGAAAUCAAUGAUGAAUCAAUUUCUCUGGGUAAGAAUAGUAAACAAUUGGGUGAUGUUGAUUGGUUAUUAGCUCCUGAUAAAGGUUUACCUAAACCUGAUUUAACUUUAUUUCUUACAUUGGAUUUAGAAGAAAUUAGUAAAAGAAAAGGAUGGGGUGAUGAACGUUAUGAAUUACAACAAUUUCAAGCUAAAGUUAAAGAUUGUUUCUUACAAGUUUUAGAUACUAAAGAUCCAAGUAUAUGUAUUGUUGAUGUGGGAGAAAAGAAUAUUGAUCAAGUAUCUAAACAAUUAUGGGAUAUUAUUGAAUCCAAGAAUAAGCAUUUAUUAAUUGAUGAGCCUAUUUCAUACAUUUAA